AUGGAGUCCCUUGAAGAACUAGAUGACACAACAGAUGAAGAGUCCAUCAAGAAAUCCCACGGUGAAAAUUCUCUGCUCUGGAGUUUCAAGGCCAAGGAAAUUUUGACUACCAAGACCCAAAGUUACUUCAUGAAGACGAAAAGAACUAAGAACAUUUUGAUACAAUUGGCUUUCUCUGUUGGGCUAGGCAGCAUGUGGCGUUUCCCUUACCUGUGUCAACGGAAUGGAGGAGGUAACUUCAUCCUGAUGUACUUCUUCAUGCUCCUCUUCUUCGGGAUUCCCCUGUUGUACAUGGAGAUGAUCAUUGGGCAGUGGCUGCAUAUAGACAACAUCCGAGUCUGGAAGCAGCUGGUCCCCUGGCUAGGUGGUGUGGGCUACGCUAGCAUGCUGGUUUGCAUCUUGGUGAGCUUAUAUAACAGUGCCAUCCUCUCCUGGAGCCUCUUUUACCUAGGCAAUUCCUUUGAUUAUCCCCUGCCUUGGAACUAUUGCCCACUGGUGAAGAACAUCAAUGUCACUGACUUCUCUUGCCUUCAGACUGUGCCCCACCAAUACUUCUGGUACCACACCACCCUGGAAGUCUCAGGCCACAUUGAGGAAGGGAUCCAGAACCUUGUCCUGAAGCUCAGCCUGGGCCUCUUCGCAUCUUGGGUCUUCCUUUUCUUCAUUAUUAUCAUGGGGCUCAAUAUUUCAGUGUUGUUGCUGAUUUUCUCCAUAAUCCUCCCCUACAUCUUCCUACUCUGCCUCUUCAUCAAAUGUCUCUUUCUGGAAGGUGCAGUUGCCAGCCUUGAACGUAUGAUAACCACAGAGCUCUCCGCCUUGUCCUCGCUGGAACUAUGGCGUCAGGCUGGAGGCCAUGUGCUGUAUUCCCUGGGCCUGGGCAUGGGCACCAUCAUCACCUCCUCCUACGAAGCUGGAAGGGACAACUUUGUCAAGACAGCUUCCUUUGUGGCCCUGGGAAACCUGGUGAUCUCGAUGCUGACCACAUCCAUCAUCUUUCUAGUGCUGGGGUUCUGGGCUACCACCAGUGGCCAUGCCUGUGUUAAGAAGAGUGUCUCAAAGCUGAUAGAGCUGAUAUCCAUUGGGUUGCUACCCGAAGAGGCCAAGCCCCCAGAUAACAUCCUCUUCAUGCUCCCCCUGGACUACCUGAACUGGAUCAUCCACCUCCCCAGAUACCUCCAGUACCAGGUCAUCCACCGCUCCCUGUCCUGCAGUAUCAGAGUGCAAAACGAAAAGCUCAUGGAGGGCCCGGGCCUCACAUUUGCAGCCUUCUCCCAAGUCGUCUCCUUGCUCCCUCAUGCCUCUUUCUGGGCCAUCCUCUUCUUCCUGGCUCUGUUCAUCACAGGCCUGGGCACCUUGGUAAGAAUCUCGGAGAACAUCGUCCUUUCUCUCCAGAACUCCUCAGUCUUCAUGAAGUAUCCCAGGCUGGCCCCAGUGGCCGUCUGCCUGGGAGGUCUUCUGGGCAGCCUCAUCUUCAGCAGUCAUGCCGGCAGCUACGUAGUGUCUUUGUUUGACGACUACCUGGUCCCUCUCACCCUCGUCAUCAUUGUGACAUUCCAGAAUAUGGCUUUGGCCUGGAUCUAUGGCGCCCGCAGGUUCAGGGAGGAGGUGUUCCAUGAACUAGGCCACCUGCUGCGGCCCUCCUUCACUUUCCUGUGGUGCUACGUGACACUCCCUGGGCUGCUGGCCCUCCUCACCCUCUGCGUCCUGCCCCUCCAUCACAGGGCAGCUUCCUACUAUAUCUCCUGGAAUAGAAGUGCGAGCCAGGAAGUAAAGCAGCCCUACCCGAAGAGUGCCCUGGGCUGGGUGGCCUUCCUCGGUGUCUUCACCUUCCUGCCGAUCCUGGCCUACCCGCUUUACCACUGGUGGAACUUCCAGGACCCUGUUAUCGCUGAUACCUUACAAGAGUCAGCGUCCUACAAAACUACGACCACGGACUCCUCCAAACCCUUUCGGUGGCUUAAGAACCCCAUGAGGAAAUCCAACUCCAGUUCCCAGAACAGAGUCCAGGAGACCUCAACAAGGUACAACCUGUUCUCGGGAAGGGGCCCUGAGAAAUCCUGGUUCAGCCUGCCUCGGAUUGCCUCCUUGUUCUCCUUGUGGGGCAGCAGCCUGAUCACCUCAAAGCAGGUGAGCCCCAUAUGCAUAACUAUGGACAAAAGUAUGAAGCAUGAAGAGACCAUGGAAGAAAAGCUGCCCGACAACUCUGCACAGUAA